CUCCAAGUGAAAUGCAUCGUGGCAACGCAACGCCGCCUCGCCGGGCAGGCGAUGGCGUGACGACCAAGUUGUCAGACUUGGAGAAGUCGCUUGAAUCUAUCCAGCUGUCCCAGGCAAACCCUGCAUCCAACGCGGCAGCUCCGUUGUCGGGCGGUGCGGCCCUUCUGCAGCACUUGCAACAAGGCGGCCGCACGGCACCACCCGCGGCUCCCGCUGUUUCUCGCGCAGGUGGCAUCCAAGUCCAUCCUUCUCGGACGUUUCCGAACCAGUCGGUGAAGAUUGCAGUACAAUUGCCGGCCUCACCUCAUCCCCGCACCCUCGUCCUCGGCCUCUUCCGUGCGAGUCUCAAAGACCAAUCGCGGCCCAUCUUCCUCCGAUCGCUCCAUUUCCAAGGCACGACGGCCACCCGCAUCCAAGUCCGCGCGCCCAAAACCAUCGGCGAGUUUGAAUUCCGCGUCUUCGACGAACUAUCCCCGGACGCGCUUGUGCUGCCGUCGAUGCCGCUGGCCGUCCUCGUAGACCUCCCGUACUUUGAAGAAAGCUCUACGACACUGGACACGAAACUGGACCACGCCGCCACCUCGCAAGACAUUCAGGUCGUUGUGUCGGCCAUCAUGGCGUACGCCAGGGUACUCGAAGCCGUACCAACGCUGUAUCCGACCCACGGAAGCCGGCUCAGUGGCCUCUUGACUCGGCUCUUGGAAUUGCGAUGGGACAUGGACGAGUGGCACGACAAGGCCGACGACGCCGAGAGCAGUGUGCAUGGCGCACUGCGGUCUUUUUUCCACACCGUGGAAGCAAAUCGGCAUGUGUGGGACAUCGUGUCGCCGACGACGCAUCAAGCGAUUGAUUUUGCUCAACGACAUGAAUACUGCGGGGUCUUUGAUCGAUACUUUUCAUCGUUUGCCUCCAAACAAGACUAUUGGUCUGUGCAUUUGGGCGUCCGACCCCAAGAAACGCCCGUGUCGGCGUGGUGGCCGCCACUUCUGGACGCCGCCAACCAAUGGAUGGCCGCCACGUGUCAACAGCUGAUGCCAGAUUUGGCCUCGUUUUCAGCCACCCGCCAGGCGAUUUACGAACGUGUGAGCGCUGUCGUCCACACAAUUCCCACGCCCCCCAACACGACGGUGGCUCUGGACGUGUUUGGGUCGUCCAACAACUUUUUCGGGUCCAUGGCGAGUGACAUGGACAUGUGCCUGGUGGUGCAACCGCCCGUACAAGACCCCAAGAUCAAGCAACGCUUGUUGCAGCUGCUCGUCGCGCGGCUGCCCCCAGAUCAAUUCGACAAUUUAGACACGGCUCGACUGACCGCACGCAUUCCAAUCGUCAUGUUUCGCGACAUCCCGUCCACGAUUGAAUGCGACGUGUGCGUGGAAAACGCGCUUGCGUUGCGCAACACGCGACUCUUGCGCACGUAUGCGUUGGCAGACCCACGUGUGCGCCAACUGGCGUACCUUCUCAAGCAUUGGGUCAAGCAGCGGGGUAUCAACAAUGCCGCCGACGGCACGCUGAGCUCCUACGGCUACAUCAUCAUGUUGUUGCAUUAUUUGCAGCGCACGGAACCGCCGGUGAUUCCAGUUUUGCAAACAUUGUCGCCCGCAUGGCAAGGGGAAAUCCGAUGUGGGUGUUUGCGAGGGGGGGUGGAGGGGUGCCGCUUUCGCAGUCCUGCGUGUGCAUUGAGUGAACGGAUGGACGACACCCCCGGGCUGCCAUCGGUAAAGUUUCAAGGGCACGAAACGUACUUUUUCGAUCCUGUGCAAGACGUCCAGUGGCAAUGGCUUCAUCAGUUUGGCGCGGCCAACACUCAAUCCCUGGCGGAAUUGUGGCUCGGUUUGUUUCGGUACUUUGACUCGACAUUUGAUUACGCCACGCACGUCGUGUCGAUUCGGAUGGCCCGGUACGUCAUCUCUUCCUUAUUUGAUCUCGUAAGACUAUUAAAAUAUAUUUUAAUUCUGACCUUUUGUGUAUUUUUCGAUGUACAUAUGUACAGUCCGCUGUUCAAGGCAGAAAAGCCACAAUGGAAGUACCACGCACGAUUGAUGAUUGAAGAUCCAUUCGAGUUGGACUACGACGUCGCGCAUGUCGUGAAAGGCGCCAAGUACUGUUCACAAAUAUAUAUAUAUGGUGUUUUGAUGGUGUUUUCGUAUAUAUUUGUCACGGUAGGUUCAAGCUCAUGCGGCAAGAAUGGGCGAAAAUGCACUGGAGCUUAAGCCAAGCCAACGUGGACGAGGCCACAGAGGCAGACAGUGUGCUCAGUUUAUUGUUUCACAAACCAAGUGAAUCCUCGAGUGAUAACGACAUACCCAACGCGUAGAGAUAUACUCCGUGGGGAUAUUCGUCCUGAAACUCUGAUAGCGCGGAUAAAUAAUACCAAUAUACGUGUCCUUGAUGGAGUGUAGAUGAUUCGUAUACUGCUGACGACAUCAUUUACACGUCUGUGACAUUGUAC